GCGCCCGAGGAGAGGGCGGCGGGCGCCCCCCGGGGAAGAUGAAGGCGGAGGGGGGCGACCACUCCAUGAUCAACCUCUCGGUGCAGCAGGUCCUGAGCCUCUGGGCCCACGGGACGGUGCUGAGGAACCUCACUGAGAUGUGGUACUGGAUCUUUCUCUGGGCUCUCUUCUCCUCUCUGUUUGUCCAUGGUGCUGCAGGAGUGUUGAUGUUUGUGAUGCUGCAGAGGCAUAGGCAGGGGAGAGUCAUCUCUAUCAUUGCAGUCAGCAUCGGAUUUCUGGCUUCUAUCACUGGAGCAAUGAUUACUAGUGCAGCGGUGGCGGGUAUUUACAGGGUGGCAGGGAAGAACAUGGCCCCUUUGGAAGCGCUGGUAUGGGGCGUCGGACAGACUGUACUGACAUUAAUCAUCUCCUUUUCAAGGAUCCUCGCUACACUUUGACGUUUCUGUGGGAACGUCUUACUUCACAAAAGGAAACAGAUGUACAGAUUCUCUGAAAAUGGCGUUGUUAACAAGUGGGAAUGAAGCUGUACAAGAACGUGGAAGGAGCAGGUCAAACAUAAGGCGUUGAGCUGUGUGGAAAGAUUGCCCUCUGGUGUUCAAGAGAUUGCACUACCGCACUGCACCUUACGUGCCUCCGUCCCAGGCAAGGCGCAUUACACUAUGUGAAGCUACAAGAAAAAGCACCUUGUUUAGCUGCCAAUCAGGUUAACAUUGGUGUGGAAUCAUCGUUCUUAACAGUGUUAAGUUACAGGGACGUUUUGAGGAAUUGAUAUAUGUGCCAAACUUUUCUUUUUUUAACAUUGAUCAUGUGACAACUUGCAAGUAUAGAUGUAGAUGAGUGCUGUGAACAUAUUUGACAUGAAUUCAGGUAAUGUAGAGAGAUUUGUAACACUAAAUCCCGUAUGAGUGCUGAAUACAUUUAAUAUGAGAUAAAUUAUUUGAUUUUUAAUGUUGAAUGUUUCUGGGAUUUAGGGCUUUAAUGUGUUUAGGCAUUAUUGUUGUUUAAUUUAUGUGGAAAAUAAUACUUAAUGGAAAACUAGCUAAACUCUUUUAAGGACUCCAAGUAGAUCUAUAGGGUGCAUCCUUUUCAGUCCCUUAAUUAACGGUCUUUUAAUAGUUUCCCUUAUACAUCAAUGUUCUGUUGAUAAGAAUUCAACAACUUUGUGAGUCACACGUAUUGGUUGUAGUUUGUGUGUCAAAAAUAUAAUUUGAAAAUUUUACUAUAAAUUUUGUGAGAAGUCUGAAAUGCAUGUUGCAUUCUUUGAUCCUUCUAAAGAAAGUUCUGGCUAUGUAUUUCAUGGAGAAAACAUCUUUAUAAAGAGUAUCUCAGUGGGAUUAUAUUACUUGUUACAUAUGUCUUGAUUUUUGACAAAAUGUAAACAGUCUUUCAUUAUGGAGUAUUAACUAUAUUUAAAGAGUGGCCUAAAUUAGGCUGUGAAAACAAAAAGCCUCGUUUGUAGAUAAGUAACAAGUAAGUUCUAUAGGAAGAGUAAUAAACAGUCUUACUUAGGAUAUCUGGUAAUGUAAUUUCACUAAGUAAAAAUGGGGGAAUUUAGUAAAUAAUUUUAAAAUUUGUCAGUUCAUCUCAGCAUAUCAAUACAGUACUGAACAUAUAUUUGAGUGGUUCAUUUCCGUUGUUCAGUUCUUGAUUUAUGUUUUUAUUUAAGUUUACUAGAAUCAGUGAUGACAUUUAUUAGAAAUGAAAAAGUCUGUAGUGUAAAACAUUUUAAGAGGUUUUGGCAAUAUAUAAUUGUUUUUAAGAGUACGGGAAGUAAGGGAAACAGAACCUGGUUGAAUUUGUCUUCUACUGAGAUUUUUUAACACCAGGUACAAUUAUAAAUGUGCCAAUAACUCAAAGGAAGAGCCCCUGCAGAGAGUGUGAAGCUAAGGACAACUCAAAAAAUAAUCGGCACACUCUAGCCUCGCUGUUUUAUAUCCUGAUUUGGUAAAAAGUAGGUUUUAUUAGGUCCCAUUCAAAUUUAAGACCUUCGUUACCCACACCAUUUUUCUCUGCCAGAAAGCAAAUAUAUCAACAACUUAACAAUGAGGAGUUGGGGGGAUACUUUUACCAGUAGGAAGCCAAUUUUGGGAGUUUGCUAACACUGUGGCUUGGAAAUUUGUUUUAAAAAAAAAAACCAAUAAGUAGCUAUGCAUUCUUAGAGAUCUUUGAAGUAAACCUUAAAAUUGAUUCCUUUUAUUAUGUACAAGCCUGAAAUUAUUUUCAUGAGUUCUCUAUAUUCCUAAUGUUUUCUCAAAUUAAAUUUAGGCAUCAGUUUUCCAAGUCAGUUUGAUUUCUCCUUUUCUGUUAGACUUGAAUUGUGUUCUUUCUUUACUUUGGCUAUUCUAUCAAUAGUUUAAAGUGUUCAUACUCUUUGAGAGGGAUUACCAAUAACAUGUUGAAAUUGUAUCAGAUCCACAAAAUGAUAUUGAUUUUAACAUAUUGUUAUUUUAUGAUUUAAGGAAGUUGUCAUGGUAAGGUAAUAUGGAGCACAUGGUUCAGAAUCCAAAAUUAACCAAAAAAUAACUUAGACCCAUUAUAUGUAUCAAUGUGUGGACCAAAGAGAUUUCAACUCCUGUUUUUACUCUAGAAUGGAAGUAUAAUUGGAUGGUUAAUAGCUAGUUUGUAGAGUGUCCUACAAUUAUCUCAUUAUCAAGUUGCUUUACGUUACGAAUUGUGUGUAUGUGUAUAUGUGUAUGUGUGUGUGUGCUUUUAAAUUGUGGGGGAAUUUUUGGUUUGUUUCUAGUUAUUUCCAUUGGGAUUUUGUGCAACUGUCACUCUUCUGAUGUUUUGAAAUGCAGUUGAAUAGUGUGAAUUGAUGAAAUUGUCUUAAUAGCUAUUUCUAUGCUGAGGUUUUUAAAAAGUUGAUGGUUUUCCUAUAGAGACAAGAAAUGGUUAAUGAUAUAUAUCUACAGACACAGACACAUAUAUAUCAUUAUAUACAUAUAUAUAAAGCUGCUAUAUGUGAAUAGUCUAAUUGGAAAUCUUUUGUUCAAUGAACACUUUCAAGUUCUAGUGGAUAAUUUGAUAUAUUUGUUCAGUUGAAUGACCUUUUAAGUAGGUUUGAGGAUGUUUGAGAUUUUUGAAUUUUGGGAAAUUUGUCUUGGUUUAAUAGUGCUGGAGACCCUUGUUUGUGAUAUGACAAGAGCCCUUAUUGAGGUAUUUGGGUUACAGCUUCUUAAAAUGUGUGUGUGAGUCAGCAGUAGAUUUUCUUCAUGAUAAAUGCAGGAAAGAAGGAGGAAAUCCUCUGCAGUUUACACUCCUUUAUUUAAAAAAAUGUUUAAUGAAAUAUUGCUGACAGUGACAUCAAUUCCCCAAAGAAGAGACUCCUAUAUGCCCUAACUAAUGGUUAUUUAACAUACUGGUUAGAAAUGUCCAUAGGUCAGAGUUAGUCAGGGGGCCUCAUGUAAGCUGCAGAUAAUGCUUAAAACCUGUAAAUGAAGGAGAUGCAAGCAAACAGCCCCCAGAGACAAGUCUGUUAGUUGCCUAGAGUAAGGGAAGUCCUAGAUGGUGGCUGUAUCAGGAUUUGCAGCGUAAUUAUCCUCCCGUAGAUCUCAAUGUUUACUGAGCAGUGUUAAAGUUGGUUACCCAGUGUACUGUCUUAGUAUUUACAGCAUAUAUUUCCACUGCCCAAAAAAGUGUAAGGGUUUUAUUUGUGCUUUAAGUGAGAAAUAAAGAAGUAAGCUGCCCUGUCUAUCGUGUAUUUGUGAUGUAAGGAACAGGGAUAAUUUAAAAUCAAAGAAUGUCGUUGGACAAAGUCUUUAGAGAAUCUCUAAUUAAGAUGAGGAGAGUGGGGCUGCCAUUCUUAUUAUGCCCAAGCUGACACUUACACACCAACUAGUGCAGUUUUGGAAACAUUUUUGGUGGAUCUACUAUAUACAAAGUCCUGUACUGAGUCUUUUCUAUAGUAAGGACAAGGUUGACCAUGAUGGGAUUCCUGCCCUUGAGUCCACCAGGAGCUAGCCAGAUGAUUUAAAUCCUAAAAAAGGUUGGGACAACAUUUUGCUUGCUGAUUCUAGUUGAGAGUUUAAGUCCUGGUUUUUUUCCCCCAAAUUCUGAUUUUCCCAAUUUAUCCACCCAAUGGAAUAUCAGUAACAGAUGUCAUUGCUGUGACAUACUGAAGAGAAUACUGAAGAGAAUCUAAGCCAGUGACAUAGAUUUGAAUCCAGGCCCUGUCACUUGUCGACUUUUUGUUUAUGAAUGGCAAAGCAGUACAUAUAUUUGACAGUAAAUAAUCAAUAGAUAGUCAUUAGAAUUUUUAAUCACAUUUUGCAAUACAAAUUGAACAUA